AUGGAGGCGGAUCAUAAAGAUCUCUGUUUCCCUCAGCUGCGCAACAAGUCGUGCAGGAAACCGACACUCCCUGGGACUGACGGCGUGCUCUUGAGCGUAGUCCUCGCUCUCAUCUCUGCGACCACGGCGACCCUAAACCUCCUCGUAAUCAUCUCGGUCUCCCACUUCAGGAAGCUUCACACGCCAACAAACGUGCUCCUCCUGUCUUUGAGCGUCUCGGACUUCCUGGUGGGCCUCCUGCUGAUGCCUCUGGAACUCCACAGAAAAGUCGCCUGCUGGGAGAACGCUCUGUGUUCUCUGUACGGGUUUCUGAUUGCGCACGUCGUCUCCGCUUCAAUCGGAACCAUCGUCCUCAUAGCGGCUGACCGCUAUGUGGCCGUUUGCGAUCCUCUGCGGUACCCCACCAAAAUCACUAUGGGGAGAGUGAAAUGCUGCGUUUGCCUGUGUUGGAUCAGCAACGCCGUCUACAGGCUUGUCUUCCUGAAGGACGAGCUGUUUCAGCCGGGCGGGAGCAAGUCCUGCGUUGGACAGUGUGCGUACGUUGCCCAGCCCGUUGCGUGGCUCGUCGAGCUGACCUUGUUCUUCAUUGUCCCGGUCACAGUCAUUGUGGUUCUGUACGGGAGGGUGUUUGCGGUGGCCGUGUCUCAGGCCCGGGCCAUGCGCUCUCGCGUCACGACCGGCUCGCAUCACUUUUCAACCGUCAAGAAAUCAGAGCUGAAAGCUGCCAGGACUCUCGGUAUUCUCGUCGUCGUCUACCUCACGUGCUUCUGCCCUUACUUCUGUUACUCCCUCGCUGAGGUCAACGUGACCAGCACGUCGUAUGCGUCGUAUUUGAUCUUUUUGUUCUACUUCAACUCCUGUUUGAACCCUGUGAUUUACGCCCUGUUCUAUCGCUGGUUCAGGAAAGCCGUGAAGCUCAUCGUCACUCUGCAGAUACUGCAGCCCGGCUCACGAGAGGCCAACAUACUGUAG